CAGUCGAUCGCUGGCUCUUUUAUCGUGAAGCGCAAGCUCGAGCUUUUUCUCUUCAGCUUCGUCUCCUUCGUCAUCUUUACCGUGAUCCUGCGUACUGUCUAGUUAAAUCUCGACCAGUGUCCGCCUUUUUUUACUUCAUUACUUUCAUUAAUAACUCACUGAAACUGUCAUCGUCUUCAUCACCAUCAACAUCACAUAAAAAAAAAACUAACAAGUGGACUUUUAUUUAAAAUCUAGUGACAGUGAUUUCAUUCAAAUAAAAUAUCGUGAUUUAAAAUGAGUACGCCGGUGAAAAAGGUCCCCAUUCAUCUCCAGAGCGCAGCGAAUCGUUUGCUGAUUAAAAAUGGCAAAGUCGUCAACGAGGACGAGAUCAUUGACAGCGACGUUUACAUUGAGGACGGCAUCAUCAAACAACUGGGACGCAACUUGAUAAUUCCCGGUGGUACGAGGACAAUAGACGCACGUGGAAGAUAUGUUAUGCCUGGAGGUAUUGAUCCUCACACCCACUUCGAAUUAGAGCUGAUGGGCGCAACUUCUGUGGACGACUUCUACCAGGGAACAAAAGCCGCCGUAGCUGGUGGGACCACGAUGAUAAUGGACUUUGUCAUCCCGCGGAAAGACGAGAGUCUUCUUGAAGCCUACGAGAGGUAUCGCGCAACUGCUGACGAAAAAGUUUGCUGCGAUUAUGGUCUCCAUGUUGCUAUCACCAGCUGGAAUUCCAGAACGAAAGAAGAAAUGGCGAUUUUAUCUCAAGAACAUGGAGUAAAUAGUUUCAAAAUGUUUAUGGCAUACAAAGAUUUAUUCAUGCUCCGUGAUCCAGAAUUAAUAGAAGCAUUUACUGCCUGUAAAAAUUUAGGAGCCGUUGCGAUGGUUCACGCAGAAAAUGGAGACAUUAUUGCUGCAAACACUAAAAAAUUAUUGGACGCUGGAGUAACAGGACCUGAAGGCCACGAAAUGUCACGACCGGAAGAAGUUGAAGCUGAGGCAACGCACAGAGCCUGCGUGAUUGCCAGUCAGGUGAAUUGUCCAUUGUACGUAUCAGCGGUGAUGAGUAAGUCCUCAGCAGAUGUGAUAGCCGCCAAGCGCGAUAAUGGUGUCGUGUUUGGAGAAGCUACGGCGGCUAGUGUAGGCAUCGAUGGUAGCGAGCAGUACGGAAAAGACAUGGAAAAGGGACGACGAUUUGUAACUAAUCCUCCUCUUAGACCCGACCCCACCACGCCUGCAUAUUUAAUUGAAAAGCUCGCCGAGGACGGACUGCAGUGUACCGGAAGUGACAACUGCACUUUCAAUGCUGAUCAGAAGGCCCUUGGCAAGGAUGACUUCUCGAAGAUACCCAACGGCGUAAAUGGAGUCGAGGAUCGAAUGUCCAUCGUCUGGGACAAGGGUGUGCAUGCCGGCAUCAUGGAUCCUACGAGAUUCGUCGCCGUUACUAGUACAAACGCCGCUAAAAUAUUUAAUUUGUACCCGCGGAAGGGAGUGAUCGCUCUGGGCUCAGAUGCUGAUAUUGUUAUUUGGGAUCCGACUCGCAAGCGAGUUAUUUCUGCGGAUACUCAUGUCCAAGCGGUUGAUUUUAAUAUUUUUGAGGGAAUGGAAGUUACUGGAGUUCCUGAGUAUGUAAUUGUCAGCGGAAGAGUUUGCGUUGAUGAGUGUGACCUUAAAGCUGUUCAUGGUUACGGAAGAUUUAUUGAAACGCCGCUUAAUCCUCCGUAUGUUUACGACAUGAUUGAUGAGCGCGAAAAGAUACCAAGAGGAGUAGCAAGAAGUGCCGCAGAUGCUAAAAAACACGCGGAUGAAGACGCGGCCCGUGUAAAAGCUCGCGAAGCCGCGAAAGUUGCUGCUGCUGCGCGCAUGCAGCCGAAUCAGACCAAUGGGACCCAUGAAGUUAUUCGCAACAAACCUAAAUUACGAGAAAUUUCUUGCACUCCAACACUUCCGGAGUCUGCUGUUGUCACUCCUUCAGCUAGGGGACCACGUCUAGAAGGACAGAGGAAUCUUCAGGACUCUACAUUUUCUAUCAGUGAGGAUACUGAUGAAGCACGACGUGCCUGCAUUCGCGUAAAUAAUCCACCGGGUGGUCGUAGCGCCGGAGGAUUCUGGUAAAUUAAAAUAAAAAAAACUCAGCUAAAGGGUAUGCUUAUGCGCGGGUACUUUAUUUCGAUACAAAAAAAUAUCGGAGACAAAUUUAAAAAUAAAUAAACUGACGCAGGAUAAUAAUAAUAAUAAUUAUCCUUAAGUUAAUCGGGGCUUUUUAUUUUUUGCUAAUCACCAAAUACUAAUAAUUAAGUUGUCAAAUUAAUUGACUUUCUGAUUAUCGGUAAAAAUUAAAACUCGCAUAAUUAUUAUUAUUAUAAUAAUAAUAAAUAAUCAGGCUUAACUAAUUAUUUA